AUUUUCCUUAAUAUACUGUACACCCAAGUCUCCUUUUCUCCGAUUGCCAUAUUCCCGAAUGCGGCUGACGGCGUCUUCUUUUCUCCAAUCCAACAACCGGAGAUCCGCCCAAGGAGGCAGCCUACUCUACUCUACGCUGCCCUUUCACCUUGCUCGUCGCCUCGCUAUCGCCGGAAAGAGGAGCUGCCUGCCGGAGAUCCGCCAUGAGCGACGGCGCCGACAAUCCACCUGUACAGGCUACUUCGUCGGCCGUCCGCUGAGCUACGAAGAGAAGCCAGCGGCGGCGCCGCCUGCACAGGCCGUUGACGAGCAGGUCAACGCACAAGUCCCUGGUGUUCCUGGCUACUACGCUGGCCGUGUCAACAAGGGAAAAACUUCUGCCGGUGACCAGAGCUCUGCUCCUGCAGCCCAGCAGAACGGAGAACCGAGCUUCCUUGCUAAAUGCCUUGUGUGCUUCUCCGGCGGCGGAAAUGCGAGAUAGAUCGAGGUUGAAGACGAAUCGGUGCAAACCUAGGGGACGCAUUGUACGGCAGUGUUUAUUCGGAUGGGGAAAAUCUUCAGAUCUUUGUUUCUCUCAGAGGAAUUUUUUCGGCACUCACAUUAUAAAUUUGUAGAAGUGUUUGCAUACGCAGAUUCAAUGCAAUGAUUCCGUACGAAUAUGAUCCAUCUUUACUGUGGUUACCGAUGUGAAUCA